AUGAGGAGCGGGCCUUCUACAAGAAGUUGGAAUCAGACUCACGUAGACUCACGUUUUCAGUUUAAGGACCUGGUCCCUUGUAUCCUGGUGAAUUUCGAUAAACAACAAAUCGUAGUUUGGAGGGGGAAGGAUUAUAAGCACUUGAAAGGGGGUCGCACUCGUGGUCGAGUUUAUGGUACGGGAGACUUGUCUAUUAACGUCCGACAAGGGUGUGUAUCGCUUACACAACAUUCCCAGAAUCCUUCUAAUUCUAUAAUUGGGAUGUCUUUAGAAGCGGAGAGGGUAGCUAGAAUUAGAGCUGAACAAAUUGCUCAGGAUGUAGUGGCCCAAGCUCAAGUGGCUACCUAGGUCGCCAAAGAGGCUAGGGAGCGUUCAAAGAAGCUAGAGAAUGAUUUUGAUGCAUUAAAGCAAUUUUUUGGAGAUAAAAUUGACGCUUUGCACCGUCAA